CCGCCGGACGAGCGGCCAUGGCGGCGCCCGCGCUGCCCACGCCGCGGUACGGGCACCUGGGCCCGCGGGGGCCCUUCCGCGACGUGUACGAGCCUGCCGAGGACACCUUCCUGCUGCUGGAUGCGCUGGAGCAGGACGCGGGCCGCCUGCGGGCCGCUCGAGUUGCAAUCUGCCUUGAAAUAGGAUCUGGAUCUGGUGUGGUUUCAACAUUUCUAGCUUCUUCCAUUCUUGGAUCCAGUGCACUGUACAUAUGUACAGAUAUCAACCCCAUGGCAGCUUACUGUACACAGGAGACAGCUCGGCUGAACAAUGUUCACCUUCAGCCAGUCAUUACUGACUUGAGUCAUCAACUUCAUCUACAGGUCAAAGGAUUGUCUCCAAGAUUAAAUGGGAAGGUUGAUCUACUGCUGUUUAAUCCACCAUAUGUGGUAACACCUUCGGAAGAGGUGAAAGGCCAUGGAAUAGAGGUAUCCUGGGCUGGUGGCAAACAGGGCAGAGAGGUAAUGGAUAGAGUUUUCCCAUUAGUACCAGACCUACUUUCACCAGGAGGAUUAUUCUACUUGGUCACAAUUAAAGAAAAUAAUCCAGAUGAAAUUCUGGAAACGAUGAAGAAAAGUGGCUUAGAAGGCACACAAGUACUUUCCAGGCAAGCAGGACAAGAGAAGCUGACUAUCCUCAAAUUUAGGAAGUCCUGAUAAUUUCUCUUCACCUUCCAGCAUGCAGAAGGUUGAACACCUCAUUGUCAGCUCAACACUGAAGUUGUCAAAAUAAUUUUUACACCAAGAUUUUCACCCUCUUAGGGUGUAUUCACACUUCCUGAUUACUGCAGUGAGACUGAUCAAGACUCUGUAUUUAUAUUUAUUCUGGAUGUGAACCAGCUAUUGUCUGCUGGCAGAGGUACAGUUAUCCUCUGGCUAUCUGCAGGGCAGUUGUGGGGGAACCAUGAAAUAACCCACCCUGUUGCAUUUGCACUUAAGCACCCAAGGCUUUUUCAUCUAUAAAUAGGUAUUUGUACAUUUG